UCCUAACAAAAAAAUGUGGCUGAGGAAGGACCAACCGAAAAGGAUAAAUCUUCUUCUGCACAUUCAUCAUCUUCUUCUCUGUUUUCCUCAAAGCUCCCUCCUUUCAAUGGCGACUCUAAGCUUCAACACCACUCGUAUGCGAACACCUUCACUUCCAAGAAUCUCUAGACCAUCUUCUUUCACUAAACCCAUCAAAACCCAUCUCUCCUCCUCCUCCUCCUCACAAACCUUAUCCAAACGCCACCGUUUCGUCUCUCGAUCCUUACCUGAGACAAAAGAAGAGACCCUCAUCAUCAAACAGGAGGAAGAAACCGAAGACGACGAUCCAACCUCUGAGCUGAGCUAUCUCGAUCCGGAAACAGAUGCAGAGAGCAUAAAAGAGUGGGAGCUGGACUUCUGCUCGAGGCCGAUUCUUGAUUCAAGAGGGAAGAAGAUAUGGGAGCUUGUGGUUUGCGAUGCUUCGCUCUCGCUUCAAGUCACCAAGUACUUCCCCAACAAUGUCAUCAAUAGUAUAACACUCAAAGAUGCUAUUGUUUCUAUUACGCAAGACUUGGGUGUCCCUCUUCCUGAGAAGAUUCGCUUCUUUAGGUCACAGAUGCAAACCAUUAUCACAAAAGCUUGCAAAGAGCUUGCUAUAAAGGAAGUGCCUAGCAAACGGUGUCUGUCUCUGUUUCUAUGGUUGCAAGAACGUUAUGACACUGUGUACACGCGUCACCCUGGUUUCCAGAAGGGGUCAUUGCCUCUUCUAUCUCUAGACAAUCCAUUUCCAAUGAAUCUUCCUGAGAAUUUGUUUGGGGAGAAAUGGGCGUUUGUUCAGUUACCUUACUCAGCCGUUAGAGAAGAGAUCUCAGACUUUGAUGAGAAGUUUGUGUUUGGUGCAACCUUAGACUUGGACCUGCUUGGCAUUGACGUUGAUGAGAACACACUGAUCCCUGGUCUCUCCGUUGCUUCUUCGCGUGCUAAACCUCUAGCAGCUUGGAUGAAUGGUCUUGAGGUAUGUUCGAUCGAAGCAGACAGUUCUAAAGGAUGUUUGAUUCUGGCCGUUGGGAUCUCGACAAGAUAUGUCUAUGCAACUUACAAGAAAACACCUGUUACUACUGAUGAAGCUGAAGCUUGGGAAUCUGCGAAGAAAGCAAGUGGAGGUUUGCAUUUUCUUGCAAUUCAAGAUGACUUGGAUUCUGAUGAUUGUGUUGGCUUUUGGCUUCUUAUUGAUUUGCCACCACCUCCUGUUUAGUUUCACAUUGAUAAAAUUGGUAAUAACCAUGUUUUGCUAUUUAGUAAGAGAGUAGAACUAUGGGUUUCUCUCACAUUAUUAAAAGAAAUAGUUACAUGAGUUUG